CUCCACUACAAGAAUGAGGAACACGCUCUUCAUUAUAGCGGCCAGCUUGGUUAGCUCUGCUUUAUCCGAGGCUAAUGGGCUGAGCAUAGAGGUGCAGCAAGAAGUGAAAGUGGGCGGAGGGUGCUGCGGUGGGCAGCGCAAGGACGAGUGCUCCGCCGGCCCGAGGGGACUACGCCUCUGGGCUACUCCUCCUGGCACUCAGGAGGAUGCGAGGGCUGCCUGCCACGACAAGGGUUACUCCUUCCUGACCAUCAAGGAUCCCUUCCUCUUCGAUGACGUCAUUCGCACUCUGAGGGACGAGAUGCCCGGACUCCACGACUACUGGGUGGACGGCUCUGAUGACAAUGGCGACAUGGCCUGGAGGUUCUCCGACGGCUCGGACAUGCCUCUCGGGUCGCCCUUCUGGGACCUGGAGUACCACCGGCCCUCCGGCGGAAUGGAUGCCAAAUGCGUGGCACUACAAGGCAGUCGAGAUUACUACUGGCGCAACUUCCCCUGCGACUAUCUCAAGCCCGGCCUGUGUGUGUGUGGCGAAGUGCCCCAGCCUCACAUACCGUCACCGGUCGAGUGUCCAGAAAAUAGUACCAUUAUUUUCGAUCGUUGUGUGCUGAUCCUUCCGUACCUCGUUGACGACUUCCAGGAGGCGCGGGACGGCUGCGCUGCCGAAGGAGGCGAUCUGCUCAGACUCAACAACCCGGGCAUCAUGAGGGAGUUCUACUUCUUUGUCGAGGCUGAUGCAGGAAACUGGAGCGAAAUUAUCUUCGUUGAUGGCCAGUUGAACGGAGGUGGAGAAUUCGUCUUUAGUGACAAUUCUGAUGUGCCGAUGGCAUUGCGCUACUGCCUUCUUCCAUCUUUCAAAGCACCUCAAUACAUCUGA